GCUAAAGAAAAGGCUAAAAAGCGACUCUCUCCCCCUCCCCCCCCUCACAACAAGUUAACCAAACCCAAUUCUCCUCCUCCUCCGUCACUGUCCAAAAUUCUCUCCAAUUCUCUUCCCCCAUUUCAAAAUCUCUGCAAAACUUGCUACAAUCGGGGUAUCGAAGGAGGCGGGCGGGGUUUUAUAUGCAUAUCUUCUUCUCGGCUUCGUCAAAAUCACAAUCUGUCUAAAGAAUAGUUAAGAUCAUAUAGUCCCAUGUUAGAGGCAGCCGCCGGGCCGUCUUCUUCGUCGUCGGAAACAGCUCUGACUUCCCAAGCGGCGCCGCAAAACGCGGCUUCUAUGGCUAAACGGAAGCGACGGCCCGCCGGCACUCCAGAUCCGGGCGCAGAAGUCAUCUCACUUUCACCAAAGACUCUCUUAGAAUCUGACAGAUAUGUGUGUGAGUUUUGCAACCAAGGUUUCCAGCGCGAACAGAACCUACAAAUGCACCAGCGGCGGCACAAUGUACCAUGGGAGGUGUUGAAGAGGCCGCCGCCGGAGAUGCCAUUGGCGGAAACUGCCAGGAAAAAGGUGUACGUGUGCCCGGAGCUGACCUGCCUGCACCACGACCCUAGGCACGCCCUGGGCGACCUUGUGGGGAUAAAGAAGCACUACAGAAGGAAGCAUAGUAACAACAAGCAGUGGGUUUGUAGCAAGUGUUCCAAGGGGUAUGCUGUUCAGGCUGAUUAUAAAGCCCAUCUCAAGACUUGUGGGACCCGUGGCCAUUGUUGCGAUUGUGGCCUCGUUUUUUCCAGAGUGGAGAGUUUUAUAGAGCACCAAGAUGCCUGUGAAGUGAAGCGAAAGAAUGGGUCCGAUACAAAACCACCAUUGCAAGAGCGUCUUUGCUCAUCCACACCUCCUUCGACCACCACCAAUUCUAGCGGGGACACGAAUUUCAGCUCUAUUUUGCCACUGCCAAUGUCAUUAGCUAUAUCUCCUGCACCUGUUGAGCUCCCAAAUGGUUCAUCCAUUCACAAGAUCACCAAUCAACAACAACAGCAUAACUGCUUGGAGCUCCAACUCUUACCACCAUCCUCGACCGUUCUUUGUCCAACUGUCGAGGAAUACUCCACCGGUUUGAGCUUGUCCAUUGGCCUGUUCAGCGCAGACCAGAAAACCCAGCAAAACAAAACUGCUGGAGUUAAUGGAAACGGUGUGGUUUACGAGGAACUGAAAGUGGCGAUGGAUGAAAAGGCAUAUGCAGAUGAGAGAAGAGAAGAGGCAAGAAGGCUGACCGAAUUGGCCGAGUUGGAAUUCGCGAGUGCCAAGAGAAUUCGGCUAGCAGCUAAGGCCGAGCUUGAGGAGGCGGUGCGUUUACAGGAGCAAUCGACAAGAAAGAUCAGUGCUUUAAUGCUAGAAAUCACCUGCCAGUCCUGCAAGAGGAAGUUCUCAUACUGAUGGCUACUACUACUAGUUUGUUUUGAUGGCUGAUACACUUCAGCUUACUACUAAUUAGUUAUUGGAGCAGAAAAUUUGUGUCUUUUUUGUAAACUUUGGGAACCAACUCCAUCCUAUUCAAAUGUUAUUACUCUUUUUGGUGAAGAAAAAGUCUCAUUGAGU